AUGGACAUACUUGUGAGCUUUGUUGUUGUACUGACCAUUUUGGAAGCGGGUCAUGGAAAAUUGAUGACAGACCCCAAUUGCAUCAUAGACCCGACACUUGAUGCCAGCGUUGCCGAUAACUACCUCAACUGUCAGACGGAGGAGAUGGUCAAUGCAGGAACCACAUCAUGUUGUUACAAAGACAAUGUCAAAAGUUGUUGUCAGGAGGGAAAAGAAAGUUGGGAUAUGAUGAUAAUCAUUGGAUGUGCUAUUGGAGGGGUUACAACUGUCCUCGUGAUAUUUGUCUUCUGUGUGAUGUGGUGCCUGCGUGACAUUGUCCCAUGCUUCGGAUACUGUAUGAAAUUUACCCAGAAGAAGUACUACGAAGUGGAGGAGAGUUUCUGCUGCUGUGAAGGGCGGGUGAUGAAAAGAAGACAGGAACAGGAAAUGAUGAAGAAAUCCAAGAAAAAGCCAGUCUUAGCACUUCCGGAAGAAAAAACGGAAAAUACAAAAAAGGAAGAUUGUUGGCAAGGGAAACUAAUAGAAAGUUGA